AUGCCCCUCCCCCGCAUCUGGUCCCCUCGCUGGAGGACAUGGCGGUUACCACCUCCUCUUUCAUAUAUUCCACGGUCAGCGCUACGUCUUAUUGGCUUGCUAAUGGUCAUAAAUGGCAUCGUCUGGGCUGCUGCUGGUGUUCUCCUUCACUACUACCCCCGCCUAACCCCUCCGGCUGUCCUCUCCUACACCUUCGGCCUACGCCAUGCCCUCGAUGCAGAUCACAUCGCCGCCAUUGAUCUGACGACCCGUCGGCUCAUCGCCGCGGGCCAGCGUCCCGUCGCCGUUGGAACCUUCUUCAGUCUGGGACACUCGACGAUCGUAAUUAUCACGUGUAUCGUUGUGGCCGCAACGGCAGGAGCCUUGCGCCAACGGUUCGACGAUUUCAAGCGUGUAGGGGGGAUUAUCGGCACGAGUGUUUCUGCUGCGUUUUUGUUGCUGCUGUGCAUUGGCAAUGGAUGGGUGCUAUGGAGGUUGGUGAGGAAAGUCAGGCAGGAAGUUACGGAGCAGACGUUGAGGGAUGAGGAGGAGGCUGAGGAAGCGGCUGAUGAGGCUGCCAGACGGGCGCUGCAUUUUGAUGGAGUUGGGUUUAUGUCGAGGGUGUUUGGGAAGGCAUUUAGGCUGAUUGAUCGGCCUUGGAAGAUGCUUCCUCUAGGGAUGUUGUUUGGCUUGGGGUUUGACACGAGCUCUGAGAUUGCGAUCUUGGGCAUUGCGAGUGUACAAGCUGCACAAGGGACGAGCAUGUGGGUGAUUUUGAUCUUUCCUGCUUUGUUUACCGCCGGCAUGUGUAUGCUCGACACCACCGACGGUGCCCUAAUGAUGGCCCUGUACACAUCCAAGGCCUUCUCCAGGGAUAUGAUCGCCAUCCUCUACUACUCUAUCGUUCUCACUGGCAUUACAGUCGUUGUCUCGGCCUUCAUUGGCAUCAUCCAGGUCUUGUCCCUUAUCGAGCACGUUGCUGAACCGGAGGGCAAGUUCUGGAAAGGGGUUGGUGCGAUUGGAGAUCAUUACGAUAUCAUCGGUGGAUGCAUCUGCGGGCUUUUUGUCUUGGUCGGCUUGGGCUCCAUUCUUGUGUAUCGUCCUUGGAGGAGACGGAUGGAGCGGCGAGUCCAAGAAGCUAUUCCGGCGAUCGAUGCUGUUGUACCACAGCCACAGCAGCAAAGCUCUAGGAAAGCUCAAUCCCCUGGCUUGCCUUGA